AUGGCGAUUACUUUACCCCAAUUUGGCGCAACUCGUCUACGAUCAUACAUCCUCCGUUUACCUUUAUUCACGAGGUGUAUAAUAGCAAUCAUAUUCAUAUUAUGGCUUGUUAGUCUGCAGUCAGCUUGGGACCUCCAGAAAUGGGGUGGCUUGUACCCGAAUGAAAUUGGGUUACAGUCAAUGUACCGCACGAAUACCUUCCCAUUGAUACACAUGGGGUUCCUACAUAUGAUAAUGAACACUAUUGCUCUAACCCCAUUAUUGGAGAGAUUUGAGGCAGAAUAUGGGACAUUGACUACGUUGGCAUUGUUCAUGGGCCCUUUGUCGACGAUUCCUGCGUUAAUAUAUACAUUCGUGGAAAGGGGAAUCUUCCACAUGAACACAGGAGUGAUGGGUGCCAGCAUUUGGGUAUUUACUCUACUUGCAAUGGAGGCGAUCAAGACAUAUAAAACAAACCCAAACUUUGUAUUGGGAACAGUCCAUAUUCCAACAUGGACUACACCAAUUAUCCUUACACUAUUCAUAUCAUUCUUGAUACCACACACUAGCUUCCUUGGGCAUCUUUGCGGGCUUGUUUUUGGUUACGGAUGGGGCCUGGGCUAUCUCAAAUUCUUGGCUCCACCAGAGAAGAUUCUUAGAUGGAUUGAGGGCAAAAUGAAUCUCUUGGGACGAUUGCCACAUUACGUUUCGGUUGACCAAAAAACCUAUGGAAGAUAUGGAUUAUUACCUACUACUAACAAUCCUAUUAUCUCACCGGAAACAAAUAUUGCGCUAGGAUUCCCUGGCCAGGCACAGCGAUUGGGACCUUAG